AUGGAGACAGCCGCGGCGCACCCAACAAACUUAUCAGAAAAUCCCACCAAAUUCAGAAAGAAACAUCAAAAAUCAAAUGGGAUUUCGUUCUGGGCUUUCCUCCUAUCCAUUUUCAUAUAUAUUUCCAUAUUCUACACCUUCAAACUCUCCCCAAUGAAUCUUUUAAGAAGCACCAAGUUCUGGUUCUUCAUAUCCAACACUCUUAUCCUCAUCAUCGCAGCCGAUUUCAGUGUUUUCUUUUCGUCGAGAAAGUCCGAUGAUUUCUACCAAGAUUACCUUAAAACGGCGGGACCCAAAACUGCCUGUUUUUCUCCCUCCUUUGAAGGCCACAUGCAACGUCGAAACUCGGUUGAGAAAAACAACACUCAAGAGAAAGUGGUUCCUGAGAUCACACCACCCGAAGAGAUCAAAUGCGUGAUUUCCCAUGCAGCAGCGAGAAACGAAGAACAUGAAGUCGUCGCUAAAGAAAUGGGAACCGUCACAAACAAUGACUCAGAAAAAUGCUACGACUGUGAGAGUUUUCGAGGAGCGAAGAAAGAGGCGAAACGUGGACGAAGCAAUUCGGAGGUAGGGAUUGUUUUAGAAGAAAAUGAGGAGGAGGAGGAGGAGAAGAGGAAUAAUAAUGGUCUUCAAAGGUCACAGUCUGAGAAAUAUAACCUUAAAAACGUCGAAGAAAACAAUGAGUUUUCGGACAUGUCUGUGGAGGAGUUGAAUAGAAGAGUGGAGGAGUUCAUUCAACGAUUUAAUACGCAGAUUAGGCUUCAAGCUGCAUCAAGAAAAUUCCGGAAUUAG